AUGUCUCAUCAAAAACUCCAAGGAUUUGAAUUCUAUCAGACAGUUUUAAAAAAUGCCAAAUACUUCCUUGCCCCAAUGGUGGAUCAAUCAGAAUACGCAUGGAGAAUUUUAUCUCGUCGCUAUGGAGCACAAGUAUGCUACACCCCAAUGAUACAUGCCAAAAUGUUUUGCGAUGAAAAGAACAAACAAUACCAGAAUGAUAUAUGGUCUACUGGAUCAGAUGAUCGGCCUUUAAUUGUACAGUUUUGUGCUAAUGAUCCGGAAAUAUUACUUAAGGCAGCUUUAAGAGUGCAGGAUCAAUGCGAUGCAGUUGACUUGAAUUUGGGUUGCCCACAGCAUAUCGCCCGUCGUGGUCAUUAUGGCGCUUUUUUACAAGAUGAAUGGGAUUUAAUAUACAAAUUGAGUGAAAACCUGGCGGUUCCUGUGACGGCAAAAAUACGCAUUUUCCCCGAUGUGGAAAAAACCAUUAAAUAUGCGAAGAUGAUUGAAAGUGCGGGCGCUCAAUUAUUGACUGUACACGGUCGCGUCCGUGAUCAAAAAGGUCACAAAACCGCGUUGGCGGAUUGGGAGCAGAUUCGGCGUGUCAAGGAAGAACUCAAAAUACCGGUGAUAGCCAAUGGAAAUAUACUCUAUUUUGAGGACAUUGAAAGGUGUAUAAAUAUUACUGGUGUUGAUGGAGUUAUGUCUGCAGAGGGUAAUCUUUACAACCCGGCAUUUUUCUCAGGGAUCAAUCCACCUGUGUGGAAAUUAGCCAAAGAGUAUUUAGAAAUCUGUGAAUCUGUUCCUACGAAAAUUUCUUAUAUACGAGCCCACCUUUUCAAGAUAUAUAGGCCAGCACUUCCGUUUCAUGUAGACUUAAGGGAACAACUUAGCAAGGUCAAUACUCUCGAAGAACUAUUCAAAAUAUCUGACGAACUUCAAAAUCGUUUAAUGAAAACAUCUUCUGAAUCCCCAGAAAGCGCAAUAUUAUGUGAUGACAAUGGAUUUAAGAUUUUUCCUCAUUGGUUAUGUCAACCCAAUAUCCGCCCCGUAGUAUCCGAAAACGCAAAAAUAAAGCUGAAAAUUCCAGAUGAUCAAACAACGAAUGUUUCAAACACAAAGGAGGACCAUAAAAUAGUCAUUAAUUCUGAUAAAUCAUCACUAAAAAUUAAACAUGAUUCUAUCGUGGACAAUACAGACGAAUUCGUCAAGACUUCAUCCACUGAUUCCGAAUCAUUAGUGAAAUCAUGUGAAUCAAAGUUGAGCCACGAGUCUUGUUUGACAACGGGCAAUUUGUCGGAAAAUUACACUCCAACGUCUGAAAAUAUUCGGAAUUUCACAGACUCCAAUGUUGAUUCAAUAUCUGAGUAUGAUUCGAAAAGAUCCAAAAAGAAAG